AUGUCUCUCAAGAACGGUAAGGGUAAUCUCGGUCCGCAGGAGAGGAGAGGCCUGGAGGCUGACUGUCCGCUGCUAGACGCAUUUCCCUCGUCACCGGCAUUCGAGGCCAUCAAUGACGCUCUGAACUCCAGCGACGCCGAGCGAAAGGCGGCGAUCAAACAGGGCGGCGCCGUGUUCGCCUUCAAGCUGAAGAACAAGAAGGGCCAAGAGGAGGCAUGGUACCUCGACCUCAAAGAGACUGGAAAAGUCGGCAAAGGCGAGGCACCGGCAGGCAAAAAGGCCGAUGUGACACUCCUCUUAUCCGACGACGACUUUGGAAGACUGGUUUCUGGCAAGGCAAAGGCACAGUCGCUGUUUAUGACGGGGAAGCUGAAUAUCAAAGGCAAUGUGAUGAAAGCUACGAAACUGGAGCCUGUUCUGGCAAAGGCCAAAUCGCAAGCGAAGCUAUAA